AUGGAGCUGCUAUCCGUUACGCCGGGGGAUCUUCUCGUUGGCUGUUGGGUGUUAACGUUUGUCGGCAUUAUUUUUUUUCGGUGGUUUAUGCAUCGGAGGCGGUCAGUUGAGGAUCAACCACCAGAGGCGGCGCAAACAACUGCGGGCGCACAAAUUCAUAAUGGGAAAAGCAUCAUACCGAAUCGCCGUGAUGCUGGUGAGGGCAGCAGUUGUCGUUGCUGCUCCUCUAAUGAUGAUGUCAUCACCAGCGAAAAUGUAGAAACCUGUGGCAAGCAACAGAAAAGGAAGAAAAUUCUUGUUGCAUACGCGACGCAAUCCAAUACCUCGUACAAGUUAUCUAACAAACUCAUCUCUAUGCUAAAUUUAGCUUUGCAUGAGAACAGCUCGGCCUACGGGACCUGCGGCGGUAGUUUGGUGCUGGACGCCGCUUCAGGGGUGUCUUGUUGUUGUAGCCGUGAUCCCAAGGCCGGCGUAGCACCUGAAAUAAAACUACUUCAACUUAAGGAAGAAGCAACAGAGUGCAGCACUGAGCACCUGCUGGAAAGCGGGGCUUAUGGGCUUGUUGUCUUCUUUGUUAGUACAUACACUGGUGGCACCGCACCUGAGCCAUCGCACAGCUUCGCCUCCAUGCUGAAGGAUGCCUACUUGGACUUCCGCGUCCCGCGUGACGUCUUUGCAGGAGUAAAUUUCGCUAUAUUCGGAUUGGGUGACAUUGCAUACGGACCUGAGAAAUUCAAUCGUUUCGCUAAGGACUUGUAUACAUGGUGUAAAGGCCUCGGCGGAAAGUUCGUAAUCCCACCCGUCUAUGCGAGUGAGUCAAAUACCACAACACUCUUUCAUGUCUUCUCCACUGCUUUAGUGAAGUGGAUUGGACGGGCCGCUUUCACUGCGGAUGGAGUAACGGUUAUGAAGAAGAAAUCAAUGAACGGGGCGCAGAGUUUGAACCGCCGUUUAAAUAACAAAAACAAUGAGGAGGAGGAACAAAGCGUCGGUGGCGAAUGUGUGAAGGACGACGAAGCAGUGACCUCGGGCAGUGGUAAUCACAACAGUCAAAAUGGAGACCCAUCGGAGGGAUGCGGGAGUGACGAUGGUGACAGUGAUAGUGAAAACAGUGAUAACAAUGAUGAUAAAAAUGAUAAUAAUAAUAAUAGCGAUGACGGUGAUGCAGAAGAUGUGGAAGAUAUCGUGGGUGAGGGUGAUGAUUAUUUUUCAUCCACAACCAACGGAGAGCCCCCGGAGCUUUUGUACCCCCGCCUUCGGGAGAAUUUACAGCGGCAAGGCUACCACCUUGUGGGCUCCCACAGCGGAGUGAAACUGUGCCGUUGGACCAAAGCCAUGCUGCGUGGCCGUGGUGGAUGUUACAAACAUACCUUCUACAAUAUUGCAUCCUACCAGUGUAUGGAAAUGACACCAAGUUUAGCCUGUGCGAACAAAUGCGUGUUUUGCUGGCGUCAUCACACCAAUCCGGUUGGGCGUUCAUUUCGCUGGAAGGUCGAUCCUCCACGUGAGUUAAUUGAAGGGGGCCUCGCCGGACAUAGGCGGAUGGUUAAGCAAAUGCGCGGUGUCCCGGGCGUAACACCGCAGCGGCUCGAGGAAGCACUUAACGUUCGGCACUGCGCCCUCUCACUCGUUGGAGAGCCCAUCAUGUACCCGGAGAUUAACACCUUCGUUGACCUACUCCACGAGCAGAACAUUUCUUCCUUCAUGGUUACAAACGCGCAAUUCCCCGAGCAAUUGCGGGAUUUGAAGCCAGUCACGCAACUCUAUCUGUCGAUUGAUGCACCAACGCCAGAGGAACUUCAGCGCGUUGACCGCCCGCUGUUCGAAGACUAUUGGGAGCGGUGCCUCGCCUGUGUGCGAGAACUGCGCCGGAAACCUCAACGUACGGUGUUUCGGCUGACUCUCGUGAAUAAAUACAAUACGGAGAAUGUGUCAGCUUAUGCCGAUCUGGUGCGACUCGGUUGGCCUGACUUCAUUGAAGUGAAAGGAGUCACGUACUGCGGAACGAGUAGCACAUCAACACUCACCAUGAAGGAUAAUGUACCGCGUCACACGGAGGUGGUAGAGUUCUGUGAGGCGCUGUGCCAGCAGUUGGCGACAUCAAAUGAGCCAAAGGAGAAACGCAUGUGGUUAGGAAGAGACAUUGUUGAGGAGCAGCAAGGCGCCGUAGCCGCUGCUGAAAGCGGUGCGGAGACGCAUGUGGAAGGGGGCAUGACAACGAGUUCGUUAUGUGGACCAUAUCGGAUUGCGUGCGAGCACGAGCAUAGUUGUUGCGUUCUCAUAUCUCUACGGCGUUUCUUUAUCGAUGGCGUAUGGCACACAUGGAUCGACUACGACAAGUUUUCCGAGUUGGCACGUAGCGGCAGGCGGGACUUCACUGCAGCGGAAUAUGCUGCGCCCACCCCUCCGUGGGCCGUGUUUCAGUCGAAGGAAAGGGGGUUUGAUCCAACACAAGUGCGUGUGAUGCGGAAGUCGGGUAAGUCAGAGGUGAUUACUUCCGGCUGCUGA